AUGCUCUCCGUGCAUCUUCAAGCUGUCCUCGCAGCUACUACAGCCAAGCCGGACUUGGAUGCAGGUAGUCCGCACAGAAGCAGCUGUACUCACGUGUUGGACGAGGGCGACGUCUCGCUUAUUGCCUUCUCAAGAGCGAAGUGCGACAGCUGGAAACAGGUCGACGGGCAUUUGGGGCGAGAAGCUCUGCACGGAGCUGCGUAUUACAGCCGUAUGGUUGGAAAGGACGCUCAGAAGCAGCAGAACUUCGUCAGUGACGCAGGUUGUAUCCCCAGAGAUGCCAAUGGUACAUGUCUCAAAAUAGUCUACACAGGUUUAAUGCAAAAACUGAAGCUGAAACGGUGGCAACUGGUCGAGGAUGCAGAAGCUCAACACCGCCUCCACCUCUGCGGCAACCAAUACAUCUGUAUGGCAUUAUUUGUCAUUGAUCAGAAGAUGCAUAUAGCACGAACGAAUAUAUGCGCAUUAUUGGAACGGACAGUACUUGCCGUUGCAAAACAGUACUACGUGUAUAGGCAAAAAGGCAGGAAAGCAGACCAGAACGGCAACGACUACCGACAAGGAAGUCGGGAUCUCAAUUUGGGUGGCAGAUCAAGGUUUGCGGAGGCUUCGGCGACGGUCAACCAGUCCGUAAAGGCUUGGCACUGCUUUGGCUUCACGCUCUGCCCACGUAAUCUGCUAGUCGACUUCCUUCUGUUCCAUUUCAUCACUUCCUGCUUCUCUACGCUCCAGAAACGGACGAAUCGACCAGCAACCGAUCUCGAGCAAGCCAUAUUGAUGUCGAUGGGCGUGAAAAUGCCAGCGCCACUCAGUUGUGGUGCUCUGCGCUCUGGCUGCGCGCGCCAUCUGACACUGAUGCCGCACCAACCCUAUCCGGAUUCAACAUCAACCACCAUAUCAGUAUAUUCGGAUGGAAGCUCGCUAAGAACGAAUAAUACCUGUUGUGCGGCGUUUGGUAUACGAAUCACGCUUGCAGGUCGUCACUGGGCCCGAGGAGUCGGAGUUUGGAUACAGCCUCCGUCAACAGCUUCGGGUCUUGGCCUAGCCAGUGACACAACCAUCAACCCAGAGGGCAGCGAUCUAUACGAGGAAUUGCUAGCCUGUAUGCAGGGAGCCGCAGCCAAGCAGCUCGAGGCACGGCGGAACACCACAAGGCCAGCUCAAGACAAAACCCAAAACUCGACUAAUCGCCAGCAGGAGAACGUGACAGCCAUACCACUUAUCAAUACAUUGGCACGGCCCUGCAGCAAUAUGUACUUCUAUGACAGACCUCGCUAGAAGCUCAAGCAAUCGCGGAAGCGGCCAUACACCUACGCUCUGACUGGCCCACUACCACGGACUCAGGAUGCCGAUGUGGGCGCCUUGCACGAACCCGGCAUAGCUCUUAUGGUAACUCUCUGUGAGCGAGCUAUGUCGUCAAAAUGAUGGAAAUAUCACGAUACGCCUGGUUGCUCAACGGAAGCCGUGGAAACUGCACCUGAUUUCUGAAUUCCGAUUUCCGUUCACUGCAAACUAUACAGUUUCCUGGUGUCUUUCAAUGCAUCGAAUCAAUGCAACCCAAACGCCUCGCCUUUUAGGUAUCGCUACCGGUGGAAUUAACUCAAUGCCGAAAGUACUGGUUCACGAGCUAUCGAAUUUGCACGACCUUCGAUCCCCUCGAACACUGCCUCAUAAGUCAUAUCUGGAGACGUCCACGCGUCCAAGUCCUGCAAGAUCCGGACGACUGCUGGAGCUCGGUUUCUGCCAUCUCGGCCACCUGAGCAUAAUGCACACCACCGCAGCUCAAUGCGCUCUCGAGCUUGCCAUCAGCUAAGUUCCAAUUCCUGGUCCAGAGAAGUUGCCUGAUAAUCCUGGAUGGUGUCGCUAGUUGGUGAAACAGCCCAAGGAGUUCCAUUCGCGACCAGCGGUGAAAGCUGCGAUCUGCCACCGACUGCCGGCAAUACGCCCAUGGGUCCAGCGAUGGACUGCGAGCGAGAUUG